ACAACGCAACUAUCGAUAUAAAGCGGCCGACUUGCGCAGAGUCACCAUCACCGCUCCAUCCCGACAGCAAAACGUCAAAGACUCGGGAGACUUGAAACUUGGAAGAAGAGACCCAGGACUACCUCAGCUUCACACCAAAUCGACCCAAGCCACUGCGCCGCCGCCCGCGUUCAUCACCAUCACCACCACCACCCUCCACAUCCUCAAACACCAUCGUCGUCGUCUUCGUCAUGUCACUCGCCGACCGCAUCCCCGCCGGCAGCGCCAUCUGCGACGAGGCCCUCGCCCUCGCGCGCGACACGCUGCCCGAGCCCCUCGUCAACCACUCGCUGCGCGUCUUCCUCCUCGCGCGGUGGCUCGCCGAGACGGACGGGGCUUGCGUCGCCUACAGGCAGGGCCGGGGGCUCGAGCUGCUCUUCGUCGCGUGCGUGUGCCACGACCUCGGCGCCGGCGAGCGCUUCAACGGCCCGCAGCGCUUCGAGGUCGAGGGCGCGGACGCGGCCAAGGCCCUGCUGCUGCUCAAGAAGGGCUCCGUGUCGUCGGCCCACGAGGCCUCCUCUGCUACCGAUGAUGACGACAAGAACGACGCUGCCGCCGAGGCCGACGCGCACCGCGUGUGGACCGCCAUCGCCGUGCACACCUCGGCGGGCAUCGCGGAGCGCAUCGACCCCCUGUCGCGGCUCGUGCGCCUCGGCGUCCUGCUCGACUUUUCGCGGGCCACGCGCGAUGCCACGCCCGGGGCCGCUGCCGUGUGCGCCGAGGCCGAGGCCCUGCUGCCGCGCCUCGACGUCGAGGAGGUCCUCGCCAACGCCGUCGUCGGGCAGGCCGGCCACGGCGAUGACGACGGUGGCCUGCCGCCCGAUAACUUGACGUGGCCGAGCACGCAGAAGCACCCGGCCGGCAGCUGGCCGGGUCUGCUGCUACGCGCGCACCGGCAGAACCCGGGCCAUGGCGGCAGGAACCCGGCCUUUUAAGAGAUGGGCAACAAGGUCAGCAACGUGAGAAAGCAUAUGGAGACGGACGUCUUUGUUCGCGAUGGCUCAUCACUCUCUCACUCACUUGUCGUCAUCGAGUCCUACGGUGUCCUGCUCGCGUACACGGGUAGUAUAUCACUUACACACAUUCACACACACGCGCACACACACACACACACACACACACAC